AUGGCCAUGAGCGUAGAGGACUUCUGUGACACGUCUGCGACACCAGGCCGGCACUACAGGUUCAGGUUUCUCACCUUCAACUUGGCCAACAGCCAGCAGCUGCAGUCAUCAGAUGCGAUUCAAGGUCUCUUCGGACAGCCCCUGGAAAGAAGUCUGGCCUCGCCGCUCUCUGACGGUUCGGACCCCGAUGCCAUCUUCGUCUCGUUUCCGGAGAGCUGCCUGGACAUCGCCAGCCUCAGCGAGCAGUUGGGCACCAUCUUCCCGCGCUGCCGGUUGCAAGCGCAAAGUGCCGCUGCUGAGUCCAAGCAGACGAAGUCGACGAAGGUUCGCGCGUUGAUCGAAGAAGUGGCUGCCAGACACAGCGGGGACAUGCAGACGCUGCUGAUCCACGAUGAUGCCAGGUUUCAGGAGGAUGCCGCAACAAUCUUCGGGCUUCUGACAGAUGUCACUGUGGCCGGCGUGCGUGUUCCGAACCCAAAGAAGUCCUUUGUGGGCCAAGGCGUCGCUGAGUCAGGCGGUGCUCGCUUUGGCUUCAUCGGCGCCCACUUCCCCAUCACCCAGCUGGCUGCACUUCUGGACUCCGAGGACCUUCGGACGCGAGCUGCGAAAGCAGAGGGCUCUACGCUGCAGGCGGCGAAGCGGCUGCUGGCUGCGGGCUUGCGAAGCGUCCUGCGCACGGCAGCCUCGACGAUGAGUGUGGACGGCAAUACCGUCCUCUUCCUCCAGGGCGAUCUGAACAGUCGCACCCUGCUCGAGGGUUCGCGAUGCAAAGAUGUCUUGCUCGAGGUUUUCAAGGACCGACCUCUGCAGCGAGCCAUCCAGCGCGGAUUGGAGCUGCCCAGUGGGCGCUGGCACGAGGUCGGCGCUGGUUCCUCCGAGUCGCUGCGCGCCGCAGCCUUGCCGGUGACCUACAAGUUCCAGCCGAACCCGGCGGAAGCUUCGGCUCUCGACGAAGCACUCAGGAUUGGAGACGUCCUGGAGGAGGCCAGCAAAGCCAGGCUCUUUCCGAACGCGCCCUCGGGCGAGCAAGGUGUUCAUGUCCCGGAGAAAUACCGUGAAACUAUGGUCGAUGCAGAAGAAGCUUGCAGUCGUUGGGGCUUGGCUUUUAAGAAGUCCGCCUUCCGCCCCUUCCGGUUCCCGGCCUGCCCAGAUCGCAUGAUCUACUGGGCCGCAGAUUCGCUGAAUGAGCGCAUGUCCUGGGAGCUGCCGCAGGGCGGAUACCAGGUGAACUUUGAGCAGCUGGGAAGUGAUCACAAGCCCGUGUGGCUGGACUUGUCUCUCCACAUCGCACCACCCCUGGAGCGCGCAGCCAGCCCCGAGAAAGAGAGGGAGGGGGAAGUGGAAGAUCUGGACGACUUUGACUCUCUUCCAGGGGAGGGUGCGGGCACGUCGCAGCCAAGCACAGCUCCACCACUGCAUCCAACGAGCGUUGGCUCAGUCAUGUCCUGGUGGGCCAGGUGUCGGCCAAAUUUGCGCCCCGGCCGGGACUGGAACUGGACGCCCGACCGCGAUGCAGCGGACUGCGAAAUCUGUGACGUCCCUUUCUCGCUCCUGCGCCGACGUCAUCAUUGUCGCCACUGCGGGCGCUGCGUUUGUGAUGGCUGCAGCCCUGUCGAUGGCUGGCGCUGUAUCCCCGAGGUGGACCCCGCGCGCCCGAGCCGCCUUUGCCUCGACUGCGCUCCGGCAGAAAGGAGCAGCGCGUCGGCAUAUCCGAGCGGCGGGACGCGCGUGUGA